UACAGAGCAUAUCAUGAAGCAGUUUCAGUCGCCUGGAGGAAGUGUGCGUACAAAGAAACAUUUGGAGUUUCUCCCCUCUGUCAGACCUGGAUUCAAUAAAACUAAUGAAGCAAACCAGUCAAAGCCAAACAAUUUCAAAGCUCAUUCAAAAUCAGUGGCAAUGUCACAUAAAAAAUCAGAAGAAGAAACAGCUGUUCAAAAUUUUGAAACAAAAAGUUUUAGCCACAAUGCCAGGCCUGGAAGUCCUAUUAUUCCAUCUCAGAAGAGCAAUCGGGUGCAGAUGUCAAGUAUUGUUGAAAAUAGAUGCUCACUAAAUACUGCUGAAUCGAAAAAAAUUUGUAUGGUAGCUUCAGGAUUUGGUCGGGAAGAAAACGUAAGUAAUGCUUUGUCGUGUUUUAUUUUUCAGGAAGUGAAGAAAUGAAUAAUUAAAAUGUGGGUCAUAUUGCUUCUCUUAAGUAAUAGAUAAAUAUCUUGUAGGGUUGUUACAUAAAUUUUAACCCUUGUUCAUGGUUUAUUAUUAUUUUUAUUUUUGUUUAUUUUUUAAAUGAAUAUCCAACAAUAAGCAAAUCUUAAAAUAUUUAAAUUAAUUUAAUUCUCCUCUUUUCAGCUAAUCAGCCUUAAAUUCUGUGAGAAAUUUGGUGC